GGCCUUUUUGUCCCGACUCCCUGCAAGCUAUGGCGGACAAAAAUUAAGCUUAAGUGACAGUAAAUAAAUUGGUGAACACCACUUGGAAUCUACACUCUUAACUUUUGUACCUGAAAAGAAAUAUGAAUAGAGGACUUCUAUAGCAGAAGAAGUAUAGCCAAACUUGCAGAAAACAACAACCGGAUGUGCAUCACUAAAGAAAAGAAACAGCUCAACUGGCUCAAAGAAAAUGAAAACGAUACUACACACUAUUGGCGUUGGUGUCAAACCUUGGUUAAGGGUUCGCAUGUAAUUCCCGAGAUUCCUGUAACGUCAGACAACGUGGAGUCAGAUUGACUUCACAAGCGUGUCCGCGGGAGGCUCAGAACACAAAUGGCUUCGUACAAAGACAUCCUUAAGGAAAAGGAUAACCAAAACUGGCACAAAGGAUACCUCGCCCUUAGGAUCACCAAGGCCGGCCUACGAGGCCUUGUCGAAGGGGACUCCAGUUGCGUUCAGCAAAAGAUCCACUCUUCAGUCCUCUAUGCCAAUCACCUAGCUGCUGGAACAACAUGCAGCCUUUGUCUAACAGAAAAUGUCUUGCAGUGUCCAACAAAAGGAUUGUGCUCAGUUCCGCGACACUGCAAGUACCACAACUCUACAUUGAAGAAAAACCGACCUUGCCCCACACACAUAUGCGAUGUCUUUCGGGAUAAAAUACGCGCUGUCCACAGAUAUGGUGGACCGUCCUGGAAGAAUACCACAGCCGACCAAUGGUGUACGAACCAUUGGGAAGUAGCCAAAUGCUUUAUGCCACCUGACGGCUAUCAUGACGUGACGUCGUACGACAAGACAGACUUCAAUGGUAUCAUUAGCGUUAUGAUCAACUGUACAGAGUUCGAACGGCGUAUGUCGUUCCCUAUUGGCAUCACACCCAACGCCUUAACUGAGGCUCGUGUGAUAGGCCGCAAUAUUCGCCAUUCCCCGGAUCUCAAGGUGACAGACACAGACCUAGCUGACUACUUCGCCACUCUGAACGCGCUUCUGACAGACUCUACAUUUCUGGCUAGUGACAAGGAUGCCCAGCAAGCUGUCCUUAAACUGAAACAGCUUGAAAAGGGCACCCUUCCAAUAACGAUUGAAGAAUUACGUGAACUACAAGAAGAAGUUAGCGCGAUGGUAGUAGCUGGCAAACUUCAGUUAGCGGAUACUGUUGAAAUAGGGAAGAAAGAGAUAGAAGACGUUGUGUUGCUGGGUAAUACUGCCAUUGAAGCUGGAAAGAUUGAAAUGGAUAAAGCGGUGUCUCAGGGAAAAGCGAUCCUCGAAUCCGGGACUCGUCAACUGCAAGAAAAAGUGACAGAGGGUCAGGCUGUCCUUGUUACAGGGAAGCGUCAAUUAAAAGAAGCAACGGAAACAGGAAAGAGUGACAUAGAAGGCGUUGUGUCGCAGGGUAAAACUGCCAUUGAAGCUGGAAAUCGUGAACUAGUUGAAGCCGUGACUCAUGGAAAAGCUGUCCUUGAAUCCGGGUCUCGUCGACUGGAAGAAAAAGUGUCGGAGGGUCAGACUGUCCUCGUAACAAUGAAGCGUCAAUUAGAGGAUGCCGCAUCAACUGCUAUUGGGGUCACGAAGAGAGCGAAACUCGAUAUUGAAGACGCAGUGACAAAGAGCAGAGAUGAUGUUCAGGCCUUGCAGAAGAUAAAAGCUGUUUCUUCCCUGUCAGAGGCAGAACAAGAAGAAGAUCUACGUCGACGGUUAGUCAAGUACUACCAGAAGCAGCUUAGCAGCGCGCCGAUAUCGCCCCUGCAGUCCAACAAGGACGAGAAACUGGACAAGUUUUACGUCCCUCCGAAGAUCGUGAAGAAAGACCACAGAAGACUUGGAGUCGACCAACAACAAAACAGUUCCCCUAUUACCACCUACAAACAGAUUUUCCGUAAAGAUAAGACAUUAGCCAAUACCGUUUUUGUAAUAGGUGAGGCGGGUAUGGGAAAAUCAUUAUUCUCCACUAUGUGCACCUUGAAGUGGGCUGCACAGUUCUCCGUAUCGGUGGGAGACAAAUGUUCGCUAUUUGACAAGCCUAAGGGUGAAUUUACGGAAUACACUGAGUAUUUAAAAGGUGUAUGUUCAUUUACUUUUGAUGAUUUCAUUUAUUUAGUUGGUAAAGACUGUCUUGAAUUAUUGUCACAGCCCAGGUAUGAUCUUCUUCAAGAUAGGGACACUCUUAAAGACAUCGAGUUUAUGUUUUACAUUAAACUGCGAGACUGCUGUGAAAACUGUGAACUGUCAGACAUGAUUCGAGAUCAGCUGAUCGACAUUAUUUACCGUCCAGACGAGAGGGCCACUGGGUACUCCACUAUGAUUAGUGUGUUGUCAAACCGAAAAUGCGUCAUCAUAGCUGAUGGGCUGGAUGAAUGGUUGCAUCCUACUGAAAGAAAGUGUUUAUGUUCGUUAGAGGACAAAGUUAUCCCGCAUUUAUCGCAAACAUUAGAUGCAACUGUCUUGAUUACAUCGAGACCCUGGCGAAUGUCCCGAAACCGCGUUAAAGACACCAAAAUCGGCAAAUACCUUGAAAUAAAGGGAGUAGCUAGCACACCGCUAUUGGUUCAGAAAACGCUUGUUUGCCUUAAUGAAAAAGUAGCAGAAGAGAGGAGAUAUUAUGAUUUUGUCCGAUUUGUUGCCAGAAAAAAUAUCGCACAUCUACUCUCUGUGCCUAUCAUUGCAGUGUUGCUAGUUUGCCUGUGGUUUGAGGGAGAACAUGAAUCAUGUUCUAUGUGUCACAUAUACGCAUACAUGUUGGACAUGAUGUUUGGGAAAAAAUCGCUUCCCGUGCUUAGUGUUUCGCCCGAACGCACUCCGUUGCUGCAAUGUUUCAAGCAAACUGAACAUGUAGAAAACUACUACAAUAUCGUAUUGAAGCUGGCACAACUUGCCUACGAGAAAUUGUAUUCGAGGGACCGAAAGUCAUCCCUGGUGUUUCAAAAUGUCGAAUGUUUUACACAAGAUGAGCUCCUCUUCGUUCUGAAAUCGGGUAUCAUGCGAGAAACAAAGUCUGAAUCUUUGAUAAGAAAAUCAUCGAGUUUCUCAUUUAUCCACAAAACUGUACAGGAAUUCCUUGCUGCAGUUCACAUUGCUCACCAUACCGAAGAGGUUCAAAGAGUGAUAAAGCCAAAUUACCAUGAAUCAGUUCAGGCGUUUUCAGCUUCAGAAUUCUCAACAUUCAAUGCAACGACAUUUAAUGAGACAUUGCCUGAUGUCUUGCAGGUUUUUAUCUUCAUGUGCGGUCUAAACAGUGAAGUUGCUCAAGAUAUGUCUGCUAUGAUGUCAACUGCUGUAGGGGAACACCCUGGUAUAUUGUACGUCUUGAAUCCCGAAUUAGAAGAGACACUUUGUUCUGGUUAUAGAGAGGCUAAAGCCAACAAUGUACAUAAUAUUCAACUGCAACUAAUGAGUCUUCAUAUUUAUCCUUUUACUAAAGAUGUGUCAACCUUAAAGACCUUGAUAUCGAUGAACAAGUCUCAGUUACGUCUUAUAAAUAUCAUGGGAGAAACUGAAGCAAUCAGCGAGAAGGAGCUUCAGGAGUUAUUCAUCAGUUCCAAGGACACUCUCAUCUAUGUGGAUUUAAUUAAUAUUGCUGGACAGUAUGACCUUUCUGCUUGCUGCCGUCUGCAAUAUUUGGCAAUAUACUGUCGUUCGACAUCCAAUAUGAUUAUUAAUACAGAUAGUUUAGUUGAAUUGAAGUUAUGUGAUCUUUCGGAAAAGGUUGAAAGUAGUAUUUUGCAGUCAUUAGAACAAAGUUGUGAGCAAUUACUGACCUUCAUUUUUUACCGUAUUAAGAACAUCAGCUUAUUUUGUAAGACACUACCCCAGCUCAAACAUUUAAAAUCAAUAUCUAUCACUGAUACAACCCUCGGGGAUUACCCACUACUCAUCCCACCCUUUGUCAACAAUGUUCACCUUGACCGGGUGACAAUGUCUGCGCGGUGCUUGAGGGAGCUGGUGGAGAGGAUAGAGAACUGCUCUCACACUGUGAAUUGCCGUAUUAAAAAGUGCAAUGUGGAACCGACCAAUGAAUAUGAAGAAAUUAAUCGGUCUACUCAAUCGAGAGAAAACAUUAUGUUUGUUGAUGCUGCUGCUGAUGAUGAUGAUGAUGUUGUUGCUGCUGUUGAUGAUUUUAUUGUUGCUGCUUAUGGUGGUGGUGAUGAUGAUAUUGUUGAUGAUGAUGAUGAUGAUGUUGAUGAAGCUGAUGAUGAUGAUGUUGUUGCUGCUGCUGAUCAUGAUCAAGAUCAUGAUGGUGAUGAUGAUGAUGAUGAUGAUGAUGAUGAUGAUGAUGAUGAUGAUGAUGAUGAUGGUGAUGGUGAUGAUGAUAGUGAUGAUGAUAGUGAUGAUGAUGAUGAUGAUGAUGAUGAUGAUGAUGAUGAUGAUGAUGAUGAUGAUGAUCCUUUUGAAAAUUCUAAAGAAAGAGGAUAAUUGUUUGAGAUAAAGUUCUAUGUCAUUGAGUGCUGCUUCCACUACUGAAAAUGUAAACAUUUAACUGUAUGAUUAAAAUUCUGUGUUAUUUAAUGGCGAAAGUGCACUGAAGUCUGGAUGACUUCAAAACAUUCCGGAAAUGACGUUAUUGACAAGCUUUGUGUGCGCUUACGUUGGACUAAGCCAGAAGUACGAUCAAAGGAAUGCUUUGUUUAAUACUGUGUGAAGCUGUUUAAAUAAAUGUUUAAUAUCAUAA